UUUUCUCCCAUUAAAUCCGGACUGAUUAUAUCUCCGUUCAUCUUCAUCGUCUACAAGCCGUAAUUUCCCGCGAAAGCCGAAUCUCAGUACCACUUCUCUCCGACGGGUUUCAGAGUCUCCACUGUGAGACAUGAACAACGAUCGAUGCAUAAUAUGAAGAAAAAGGAGCUAAAGAAGAGCGCAUACGAGUACUGCCUCGUUUGCAAGCUAAACCAUGACCAAGGGCAGCGCCAUAAGUAUUUUCCCAACCACAAAAAAUCGCUUUCUUCUUUUCUAUCUCGGUUCGAGAUCAAGCUGUCCGACGUUCGCUUUUUUCUCAAGACUCCUUUUCUCCUCUCCCCCGAGUUUGCUUCUCACAAUCGGUUCUGGUGUAUCUUUUGCGAUGUUCAAGUUGAUGAGAAUGACAGUUCCUUCGCAUGUAGUAAUGCAAUUAAACACCUGGCCAGUGCGGAUCAUCUGAAAAAUUUGAAGCAUUUCUUCUGGAAGUAUGGUGGUGAUGUGGAACGUCUGGAUAGUUAUAGAAUUUUGGAUGCUGAUGUAGCUAAGUGGGAGAAGAAGUGCAAAGUACAAAGUGUAUCUGCUUCAUCCAGUCUUGGACCUGCAAAUGAUAUCCACAAUCAAGUCCAAUAUGAAAAUUUUGAUAAUUUUGGGAAUAAUAAUAUCCACUCUGUUGAAUCUAGUUCAUCAAUAAGUGUUUUGCCUUUACACAGUUAUACAAAUGAGUAUCAGGUAUCCAAUUCAUCCUAUUCAGGGUCCUCUGAUGUUUCAAAUUUGGUCUCGUUUCCACAUGAUACCACUGUUUCUUUGCAUGAUGGUUCAUGUUCUGGUGCACAUCUAUGGAGCUCAAAGAAUUUAACACUUAGCGAGGUCAACAAGCAUUAUCAACUGGAUAUUGGUAGAACAUGCACUGCUAAUGGUCAAUCCAGUGGUCAGGGGAUGUACGGGAUGCAUCAGAAUGAAAGAACUGCGAACACAGAAAGCCAUCCGGAGGGUUUUCAGACCCUCACUCGGAUUUCUAAUAUUGUUUCUGGAGAUUCUGGAGGAAAUAUUAAUUCUGGGAUGUUGCCUCCUUGGCUUGAAAAGCCUGAAGAUAGUGGAUUUAAUGUUCAAAUAAGACCAAUGGUUGGAGGUGGUGUUUCUUCUUUGAAGGAAUCUGCAAAGUCCAAUAAACUGAACCCCAAACGGGUAGGGGCUGCAUGGGCAGAAAAAAGAAAGAGGGAGCUGGAAAUGGAGAAGAGAGGAGAAAUUGUCCAAAGCUAUGGUGACAAGAAUUGGCUUCCUAAUUUUGGCAGGGUAUGGCAAUCUGGAAGCCGUAAAGAAUCUAGAAAAGAAUUUGAGAAGGAGAAAUCAAAAUUGCUGAUGGUUGAAAAUUCACCUGAAACAAAUGUCAAUAUUCAGCCGUACAUUAGCAAACGGAUGCGUAGAGACCAGGAGAACGAGGAAGAUGCUGCCAAUCACACGAGUGUAUAAGACAACGAUUUUCAAAAACUUCUCUUCUAGAGAAUUAUUGUACAUGCACAAUCCUUGUGAAAGAUCAGUUUGGAAACAGAAUUAGGCUUGGAGUUUGAUAGGAAAUUUUAAAGGGUGGCCGAUUUGUCACCUCUUCAUUAGUUUAUUCACAAUCGUUCAAAUUUAUCGUAGCAAACAUGACAUUAAUUUUCUUUAAGAUGUCGGCUAAAAAAAUUUCUUGAGAUAUUAGUUGUAAUUGAGAACAGGAUUUUCUUAACCAACAUUGCACAGGAUUAACUACUGUUGGGCCACUCUGGGUAUUGGAACUAAUUGCAAAACAUAGUUUGAGUGCUCCAUGUUUUUCAUUUCCUAUUGGCUAAUUGCUAUAGCACCGGCUCCUAAAAUCUGCUGCUACCGAAGUUGUCAACUGAAGCAAGUCUAUAUUUCGUUAAAAUCUUGAGCUUAUGUAUGCAAGUCAUAAUACUUUAGUUUCCUCGUGCACUGUUUUAACUUUUAAGUACUAUUUUAGAACAUUUUCCCAAAGGCCCGACCAACCCAUAUUUGGCCGCGGCUUGAUCUACGUGGUAUAAUUACUAUUUUUAUGAUCACUAUGUUAAACAAUUAAAAGAAAAUGUGUGCUCUUAUGACCGUGGCAUUUGAUUCUUCAAAUUUUGUUUUACUUUUGCAGUGGGCAAUCAGCUGUUCUAUAUCUCCCGUUUUCAUCUUUUUCCAGUUGCUGCUGAGAAGUUGCCCAGGGACUGGUUGAAUACAUGUUUCUCUGUACCUUCAGCUCAGAAGAAAAGUGAUCUCAUUGCUGAAUGACUAUGCCUUUGUCAGGACAGAAGCUGGUCGAAUUUUUCUCAUUUCUAAUCCUGAAAAUCCAGAGCUUCCCUUUGGAGGAAAUCAAAUUUUCAUCACAAAGGAACUCCCAAGAAUACCACUUUUCAAUCAUACGAUCUGUAUCAUGUACAACUACAUCAGUGGUGUUCCCUUCUCUUGCAAUGAUAGCAGCACUGUAAAUUGUUGCCAUUCUUCCUGGUGCCUGAGGACUAUCACCUCUUGGUCCAUCCACGACCACCACAUCCCAUUUGACUUCAUAAACUUCUCUUGGAAGAUCAGUCAAGGCAAGUUUGCACUUUGAUGAAUUCCUGAGCGCUGAUUCUGGUGCACAUGAUUUGUUUCCUCUUGCAUGCUUUAACAACUUUUUGUAGGAAUCAUCCUCAAGAAAAACAUUGUUUCCACCGUCAUUGACUGCUGAGAGGUUAAGGUACUGUGAUUCAAUCCCAAAGAAAAGGACAUUGCAGGGUGUCUUUUCAGCAAUCAGAUUUGAAAGAAGCUUGAAUUCCUUCCCUGAAAUGGCAGCUUCAUUUGCUGAGGUUCUACUCUGUUUCUCUGAGAACCCUGAUUUUGGGUGUUGAAGCUUUGAAGGCAAUGCAAUUGCUAGAAGUGGAGAAGUGUUAGAUGUGGUAAGUGCAAUCCUAACGAGUCUGAGAAUGGAGAGACUAGACAGAAUCAAGACGAGAACAGGUGAGAUAGAGGGGGGAGAAAGCGAUUCUGAUGGCACAAGUGAGUGGCAAUCCUCCACUGCUAGAAGCAUUUUGUUUUACUGUUCGCUUUCAGCCGCAUCAGAGCCACCAUCUUAUUCUUAUUAGAGGGGCGCUAGUGGGGUGUUGCUAGAUUGUAUCUUAAAUAACCAAGGAAUGGAUCAUCAGUCACCAUGUCACAAUUGUUCACCGACCCUCUUGAAAAAGAAAGCCGAUUGAACGAAGGCAGCGAACUGAAGAAGAGGGUGAAGGGACAUGCUUCUCAAAGUGAAGUUAGGAACAAAACAAUGGGUGAAAUUCCAGUUUAAUGGUCACUUUCAAGGGGAAGUUUCGUGGAAAGUACCAAAGCAAAAGAUGUAACGAUGGAGAGCUGUUUGACAAGUGACUCAAAGGGGGGAAAUUAAAUUAGAACAUCAAUAACAUUAACAGUGAGCUGUUUAAAUGAAGAUCAACCCCUUUUUUUAAUUUUGGUAUUAUAAAUUAAAGUCGUAGAAAAGAAAAGAACAAGCAAUGGAAACUCAGGUUUUGUCCAGGACCAAGUCUUCAUUCAAUUGAUAGCUAAUAUUUAAUGUCAAAUUGCAAGUGUAAAAACUUUGAUGAGGAUUUUAAUAUUAUCAUAUGACGAUUGUCUGUUUGUAAUA